AUGUACAGCACCAACAGGCAAUAUGGCGAGCUUAGCAGCGAUAUCCUUCUCCAGCUAGCUAUUCUUGGCACCCACGGCCUCACCUGCACAGCUACAGUCCUAGGGAUCCCUCCAGAGGUUAUAAAAGUCAUCCGGCAAGGAAGAAGGGCAUUGUUCGAACGGGUUUCCUAUAUAUAUUUUGAGCAUCCAGGUCUUGAUGGUUUGGAAAAUUUUGCCGUUGACUUCGGCCUAAUUAAGGCGUGGCACUCCGACGACAUAGUCCUUUAUCGCGGAUACAGCAAAGAUCCAUACUGUUACGUUGCUCACAAAGCCCCAGCCGGCAUUGCGGCAUUUGGUGGUAGGGUUGCGGCCACGGAAGGCGUUGAGGUCUCAGAUCUUGCUCCGUAUCCCGGAGAUGGUCGCAGACUAACGCUCAAGACUCCCUCCGGAUUCUUAUCCCAUGUUUUGUAUGGGCAGGAUGAAAUACCAGCGUGCGAGUCCGUCUCAUCUGCAGUGGUUGACAGCCUGGGCCCCUUCAACAAAAGCAUAAACAAGCAAAGACUUGGUAAGUUCGUCCUUUUUUUUUGUCUAUAUAAUGUGUUCGAAUAUGCAAAACGAGCUGACUCUUGGGUUCAGGCAAGUUCAAGCGGUUUCACCUUGGGCCACUAUGGAUUCAUUAUUGCCAAGCGGGAUGGGGAAUUCCAGUGGUACACGAGCAAUUUUUACUUUGUCCCAUCCGACGUACUGCCGCUGCCUGCUAAUAAGGACAUCGACGUCAGCGCCUUCAUGCACCUGGACCUUGGAGAGCGACUCUCGGACCACCACCGUCUUUUUUUCAGCCUCACAGCAUCUGGAGAACGGGAUCACCUGCAUCAUACGUCUUACGAAGUGGAAGAUUUCGAUACUCAGCUCCUCGGGCACAGCUUGCUGGCAAGUAAGGGUCACGAGGCCAUAUUCGACUACUGCAGAGAUCCCAGUGAGUUCAUCAUUGAACAUUAUACCGACGGGGAUCUGGUUAAUAUUCACACAGGCACGAAGCGGGGCACUGCUGGCCCUUUAUCCGUCUUGGGCCCUGAGGUGCUACCUGAGAUGACUGAGGAUAAGGUACAAGCUCCGGCGGCAUAA